AUGACCACAAGAAGCAUUGAAAACCUUCCGUGGGUUGAAAAAUACAGACCUAGCGCGAUGUCUGACAUCUACGGUCAAAAAGAGAUCGUUGUAACGUUGGAGAAAUUUGUUGAUGAAGGGAAGUUGCCUCAUUUGCUAUUCUAUGGGCCUCCUGGUACCGGUAAAACCUCCACAGUUCUUGCAAUGGCAAAAAGAAUCUACGGUCCUCAGCAUUAUAAGUCAAUGAUUUUGGAAUUGAAUGCAUCUGAUGAUAGAGGUAUCGACGUGGUUAGAGAGCAGGUGAAAAACUUUGCGAGCACAAUGCAAAUUUUCAAUAAAGGUUUCAAGUUAAUCAUUUUGGAUGAGGCUGAUUCUAUGACUAAUGUCGCUCAAAAUGCUCUUAGAAGAAUCAUUGAAAAAUAUACCAAAAACGCAAGAUUCGUAAUACUCGCCAACUAUGCACAUAAGUUGAAUCCAGCAUUAUUGUCAAGAUGUACCAGAUUCAGAUUCCAACCAUUGCAAGAGUCGGCGAUUCAAGAAAGAAUAAAAUAUGUCUGUGAAAAGGAAACCUUAAAAGUUAGUGAGCCUGCAACAGAUGCCUUAUUGAAAUUAUCAAAGGGUGAUAUGAGAAAGUCGUUAAAUGUCUUGCAAGCGUGUCAAUCUGCUUUAGAUGAUCCAAGUAACGACGAGGUCACCAAAGAGAUGGUUUACGAGUGUAUCGGUAAUGCCAAUCCCGAUGAUAUCAACCUGUUGUUGGAUUCAAUUUUGAAAGAGGAUUUCACCACUAGCUAUUUGUAUUUUGAAAAAGUUACAAAAUCGAAGGGUUUGGCAAUUAUUGAUAUUCUAAGUGGGAUUAUUGAAAUUUUGGACAGCUAUAAAUUGAAACCGCAGACGAGAGUCAAAAUUCUAAAGAGACUAAGCGAGAUUGAGUAUGGUAUCAGCAAAGGUGGGAACACCAAAAUUCAAAGUUCUGCUGUCAUUGCAACCAUCAAGGAUGCCAUGGUUGGCGAAGCUUACUAA